UUCAUCAAAUAUGUGAAUAAUUUACAUAAGGCGAUGCAUUUUCAUGCUAGUGAGAAUUCCAGAUCCGAUAAGCUUGUUCGUGCUCAAUCAUUGAUGCAAAUCGCGAUGAAACGACUGCAGAAGGAGUUUUAUCAGAUUCUAUCAAUUAACAGAGCACUUUUGGAUCCUGAAUCUAUAUCCACUGUGUCUUCACGUACUUCGAUAAGUACUCGAUCGAGUACCUCUGAGUUCAACAUUGAGGAUGAUGAUAUUGAUAAUCGUGUUGCAAUUGCUGGUGAAUCUAUUUCUGAAGUUGAGGAUAUUUCUAAUGUUGUAAUGGCGGAUUUGAGAUUGAUUGCAGAGUGUAUGAUUUCUUCUGGAUAUACGAAAGAGUGCUUGCAGAUUUACAAAGUUA